GUGACACGCCAGUUUUUCUUCUCCACCGACAGGUAUAAACCUUUACUGUGCCUCCUAGCCUCUCGUCCCGAUACUGGAACGAGAUUUACAUGCUUGAGCCUGUCGCAGCGGUAAUAUUCAAUAUCGUGCUAUGCGGCCGUUCUACUUUGGAGCAUCCAAUCCCAUUGCAUUCAGUGUCCAAAAUCAUAAAGUAUCCUGCUUCUACAAGGCCUCUGCCAGCAUCCUUUUUCAAUCCUCAACCACGACGCGCAGAGCUCAAGGGAAAAGGGAAAGCUGUGGAUGGCACCGUGUUCGCGUUCGAAGAUGAAUCCUCUCGGGUCAGAGAAUGGACGUGUACAUCAGGACGUACCGUUUUUCCAUCCAAUAAAAGGGCCCGUGCCAUAAUGACAGGGUCAUUCAAACCACGAAUGCUCAAAUAUCCAUCAUUCCAAAGGACGGCUUCCUCCAUCAUUCGACACGCUUCACAUAACCGCCUGCCUUCACCCCGUUUAUUCAGCCAUCCCGUUCAAAGUCAUAGCCGACCCCAGGCGCGACAGGCAUCGCAAAUGGCGGAGAUACAGCAUUCGGAUGCAAACUCUCUUCCCUCCAGCACCAGCACCUCCGAACGAUUCCACCGGUUCAGCAUCAUCUUCCCCUCUGGUCCGCUGUACGACAGAAGGUUGAUUGCUGUUCAGCACUUCCGAAGAAUGAUGGCUCAGCCUAAUCACGUUUUCGAUCUGGAUACUUCGCUUGCUAUCUACGAGGCAGUUCAACUCGAAGAAGCGCUGUCGCUAUUGUUGGUUGAUGAGUUGCUCGUACUGCUAGAGAGAGCAUUGGACAAUGCCGAUCACCAUUACGACAGUUUGACCACUGUGCAUACACUUCACGACUGGGGAACGCGUCUAUCGCGUCUUGCAACAACUCUCGAGUGUCGAGUCGUUGUACAAUCCGAGUAUGCUCAUAGGAGGCUCUGUGCGCUCGCGCGAGCGCACGCGUUAAUGGGUGAUCUAGAAGAAGCUGCAAAGAUUGUGGAGUCCACAAAAAAGUUGCUGUUCCCUUACGAAGAUCGGUGGAGGGCUAUACAUGCAUUUCAGAGUCUGGUUCAGGCGGUCCAUCGGUAUUAUGAUAGCACUCGCGUGCUCACGUUCGUAGCCGCACACUGGAUGACUUUCGGGUCCCACAUGUCCCGGUGGUCUGCUGUCCAUCAACAUGGAAAGCCAGAGAUUCACGGACGUAAUCUUAGGAAAGCGGUUCAACGUAUUGUAUCUCAGAUUCAACAUCCUGUUUCUUUCCUCGCUAGCUUGGAAUCUGAUGCCAGUCACAAACGGAUAUUGGGGGAAUUAUUGAUCGAAUCUUACAGUUUCAACCAUCUUCCUCUACUCGGCCUCGAUGUUCAUAAUGAACUGAAACGACAAAAUAUCCACACGCUUUACAACCUUCAAUUGUCGUUAGUCCGAGCUCUCGUCAGAGAAGAUGCCAUGGGACCUGCGAAAGAGUUGUUCGCUUCCAUUCCUCGUAGCACGACAUUCAAAUACUAUCUACAAACUGGCCUAUACAUGUUUGCUCACGAUGGUGAUCAUGUUCGUGCUGAAGAGUACUAUAACCGGCUCAGCGACCAAGAGUGGCGUAAUGAACUCGACUUCGCGAUGCUGAUGCAUUCGUACGCUACUCAGGGAAAUAGCGACAAAGUGAAUACCCUCUUUAACCAAUAUUUCCCCCGAGAACGAGCCGGAGCGCGUCAGAACUCGCCAAACGUGAUCCAUUACACCAUCGCGAUGUAUAGUCAUGCUCGAAAUGGAGACAUCGACGGAUUGAACAUGUGGUUGGAAGACCUGGCGUUUCAUUCUCUUAGACCUGAUGCCCACGUAUUUACGAUGCUAGCUCAAGCAUUCGCGAAGCGAGGUGACCUGGAGUCUGUCGCUACCGUCCUGUCACAGAUGCGUUCUAGCGGGAUCGCUCCUAACGAAGUUACUUACCAUAACCUCAUCACUCUUCUGGCUCAUCGUCGAGAUCCUAUCGGAGCCGAAGCCAUGUACAAACGUGCGAUACAAGAGGGCAUCGUUCCUUCCCGUCGAUUGGUAUCUGCUGUGAUGAAUGCGCAUGUCCAGGCAGGGUCAUGGAAGGGCGUUAUCAGGGUGUUCGAUUACAUACGGUCGAGGCCCACGCUGAACAUUCGUCUCACCAUCGAAGUCUACAAUACACUGCUGAAAGCCUAUGUUCUCAUCGGCGCCCCUUUUCGCGUCGUCUCCAAGCUCUUCAACAAGUUGUAUGAUGCAGGGGUGCGACCUGAUUCCUACACGUACGCAUUACUCAUCAAGUCAGCCUGCGAUGCUGAGGAGUUGGAUAUGGCAAAAGACAUUUAUCAAGAGAUGUGUGAGCUCUCUGUGAACUGGGAGUCGAAUGUGUACGUCAACGUCUAUGUCUUGACCAUCAUGAUCGCUGGAUACCUGAGACGUCGCGAUGUAGAAGCGGCCAGAGAGAUGUACGAUGAGAUGGGUCGGAGAGGGAUCCAGCCCGACGCUACCACUUUCAGCAUCAUGAUUCAUUCCUAUGCUCAACAUUUGACCACAGAGGGCAUCACGAUCGCAGAAGACUUUAUCAAGGACCUGACUCAAACGCUUGACAAAGCCUGGUUGAUACCUCAAAUUGCCGGGCGUCAUACAGCGACAACAGCAUUGGAAAAGAUCUAUGGACCGUUAUUAGACGCCUAUGCUCGCCUUAGUCGCCCGGGGGACGUUGAGCAUACCUUGAAUACUAUGCUCGAGAAGGGUGGCGAGUUAUCUCUGGGAGUUCUAACCACCCUUAUGGACGUUUAUCGUCGCGCUGGCAACAUUGAGGCUGUCCAGGAAUGCUGGCCUCAGAUCUAUGACCUUGGUCUGAAGUAUGCUAAAGAAUCGAUUCUUGACGGUUACACCCCAGACGAUCCCACUGUCGAACGGCUCCGUGCCAAUAUCUUAUGUAUUCCCUUAUCAAUCUACGUCGAUGCCAUGUCAGUCGCUGGUAAACAUACGGAAGUCGCCACAGUCUGGAAGGAGUUCCAAGAUCACGGGUUUUACUUUGACUCAUACAAUUGGAACUACUUGCUUGUGGCCUUACUUCGUGCAGGAGAGGUGUCGCGUGCAUUCCAGAUCGGCGAAAAAAUCAUACUUCCAUAUCAACGUCAUUCACUAACUAUGAAUCUUCAAAGGGAUCAGACACCUUCCUCUCCUCUCUCGUUUCACGAGAAGGAGAAGGAACAGUCAGCGGAACUCAUGAAUGUCACUUCCGAAGCCAAACCGGUUAAUCCCAGGCAACGGAGACGGUUUCUGUAUCGAAAUAAACGGCGGCUCCAUGGGUUGCUUCAUUUGGAGUACGAGAAGGACGAGUUUGGCGAUGAUUUUGCGGAACCUCUCCAUGUAUUAUAUCAGAUUGCGCCGUCGUGGAACGUAUGGCGCGUUCAUCCUGUGGCAAUGAGAGCUUUGCUGUGGAGUUUUCAUUCGCUCACCAAUGGACAUAUUAUCCAUCCAUUAGGACAGGAAUCACCUCGGGUGGACAUAGCAGAAUCACGGGCUCAAGCGGAAGAGUUAUUGAAAAAGAUUGGGGAGGAGUGUCCUGACACCGUCAAGCUGGUCAGAAGAUACGGGAAGCGGUUACGUCGUAAACUGGGGAGGGAAGUGUACGCAGAAAAGUUUAGUUCGGGCUAGGAUCAGGACUAGGAACACUCGCAAGAUGUGGGGAUAAUAUAUGGGCUCAAGAAAAACCAAG